GUUGCGUUUGGGGAAAGCAGCGCCCCGGAGCCAAAACUGACUUUCGCAGCUUCACGCAAAAGUUUCGUUGUUUGGAGCGUCGCAUUGCAAGAUAGUAAUACUCCGGUGUUCAGUGGUGACGGUCGAGUUCGAAAAAAUCACGUGCUUAAUACAAGAAAAACUUUGAAAAACUACUGUCUCGAUGUGUCGGUUACUUUAUGUAACCCUUCUGGCGUACUUUUUUACUUUGGUGUCUUGCAGAGUGAUUGUCCCUUUGGAAGGACCUCUUUGGCGUUCGAAUAUCGCGGAGGACAUAACUUCACCGGAGGAUAAUUUACAGUUUUUGUCGGAUUUCUUCGAUCAACGGUAUCCACAUCAACUAGUCCAGUACAACGCAGAUUUCGAGGACUUAUUGGCGCCCGGACGUUCGCAGGAGAAAAGGGGCUUGUCGAUGCUGUCGCGCUGGAAUUUCAUCGACAAGAUCGGCAAGGAGAGGACCCCCAUCAGGAGCAAGCCCUUCUACCCCGAGCAGGGCGGCAUCAACACGCAGACAAGAAGUAAAAUGCUGGGCGCGCCCCUGAGAUGGGGUUAGGAACGGAUUUCAUUUUUAUGAACGGCGACUUCGAACUCUUGGAACAUUGUGAUGAGUUUUAGUUUAAGUUACGUUAAUUUUUGCUUUCGUUUAGUUCAGGUUUAAAGUAUUGAGCACUGGUUACAACAGGUUAGCAAA